AAUCUCUACUAUACUCUAGUCUCUAUUCAGUGUCAGUGCGAAUUUGUAUAGCCGAGAGUGAAUAGUGUGCAGUGUACAGCCAAAUUCUACUGGAAUUUCAUUCUAUCGUCGGUACGAGUUCAUCUAGUCAAGUGUUAUUUAGUCAAUUUAAGCAGAAGUUAUUUUGAAAAGAGUAAAAAGUGUUCAAAAGCCGAAUUUGACAGAAAUUUAUCUAGAAAAUAUGAGUAAUAUGAUGUUUUAUAUCCAAUUUUAUAAGUAAUAUCCAGACAAGUGUGAAUAACUUACGGUACUGUAACAGCCAAUACUCGUAGAAGUGUUUAUAGACAAAGUUAAGUAAAACUUUUUCAAACAAUAGUGAAUACAGUAGGCCUACAGUGUUCCAUGUUUGGUAGACACACUCAACUAAACUUACAUAAACAAGAGUGAGUUAUAUUAUUCAGUGAUCUGUAGCCAAAUUAUAAAGACAAAAGUGAAUACAAUUCAGCGUUUUUAUUUUAUUGUUUAUGAAACACCAAAUUCAACAAAUUAUCUAGACAAAUGUGAGCACUAUAUUCAAAAUUUUCAGCAAAAUUCAAAAUUUAAUAGUUCAGCCAAGAAAUAACGUUGUUCAGUAUUUAUAUUUUAUACCACAAAUCAACUACAAUUCUCUCCUAGAAAUUUUAUCUUGUUUUAUCUAAGAGUAAAAAAGUGAGUACUGUUCAAAUUGGCGUUUAUAGCAAAAUUUUUCUAGAAACUAUCAACAAAAGAGUAACUAUCUAGUGUUUUACAUUCGAAUCUAGCUAAAAAUCAGCAAGCCGAAAGUGAACACCGUUGAGUAUGAAAAUGCUUCGUUUUUCGACGCGUUUGUGCGAUGUGGUGAAAUCAAGCUUUGCCAGCCGCAGCAUAUGGACAGUGAGCACGUGUGAGCACAACCUGUGCCUGAGCCACGACCAAGAUGAGCCACAGUACCUCAAAUACCCGUUCGUGUGGCUACGUGACAACUGUCAGUGCCCCAAGUGCUUCCAUGCGCCCUCCAACUCCCGCAUCAUACAUGUGCAGCAGUUCAACUUUGAUGCUGUGCCCAAAAAGGCUCAGAUCUCAGAAAACCACGUACACAUAGAAUGGACAGACAAGCAUGUAAGCGAUUAUCCUUUGAAUUGGCUAAUAGAACGACAGCUAACCCAAGUCGGCCGAAAAACAUGGCAAGAAAAUUAUGGAAGGAAGAAACAGCUUUCGUGGACAGCAAAAGACUUCUCUAGGAUAUUGAAGACAUUCAAAUUCAAUAAGAUUUUAGAAAGAAAAUCAUUGUGGCAGGAUUUGCAUUUGAAAACCAGCGAAGCCAUCUGGGCAAAAGAUUCAUUCUAUUCCAAGUCAGGUUCUGUUUCUUACUUUCUUGUAACGUAUGAUUUUAUUAAUUUCAACCAAUGUAUUCUAGGUACCUUGAUUUCAACUAUAGCAACUAUAGUGAGACACAUUUGUGCAGCGUUAAAGGAGGGAGAAGUAGCUAAGCUUGCCGAUCGGGUGGCAUUCUUGAAAAAGACUCAAUAUGGAGAAGUAUUCAGGGUCGAAGCGAAACCAGAUACAACAAAUGUUGCUUACCUCAAUGGACCUCUGCAGCUGCACACUGAUCUCCCGUACUACGAAUACAAACCUGGGGUGAACCUAUUGCACUGCAUCGUAAAAGCGGAAGAAGGAGGUGAAAAUCAACUUGCCGACUGUUUAGCUGUGGCCAAAGCUAUCAAAUCGACGAAUCCGGGAACCUACUCGAUUCUCAAGGACACCCCUGUCAUAUGGUCAGACCUUUGCACCGAGGAAGGACGCAGUUAUCACAGCGUUCACAUUUCUCCUAUUAUCAAAGAAAACGAAGAUGGGAUCAUAGAGAGAAUAAACUUCAGCCAACCACAGAGAGACUCCUUCAUGAAUAUGCCUCUCGAAAAAGUGCAAUGCUGGUACAACGCUCUCAGAAUAUUCUCACAGAAAUUGUACAGCCCCGAAUACAGUGUCCAGUAUAUGCUCGAGCCAGGACAAAUUCUGACAUUUGACAACAUUCGACUGGUACAUGGAAGACUGACUUAUGAAGGCGAAAGACUCAUAGAAGGUGGAUACCUUGAUUGGGAUCACAUUUAUUCAAGACUACGAAUCCUACAGUCAAAAUACACGUGAUGCCAUUCAAAUGGAAUAGAAUUGAUUUACAAUGGAACUUUUUGGAACUGAACGUGGCAUUCCUAUAUCAUGAUGAAAUUUUCUACUAAUUACCAUACGUAUGUACAUUAUUGUAACUAAGCAUUGGCUAUUCCAUAAUCGGAAGUCUUUGAAAUAAAAGUUGUUUUUCUAGAA